UUGUAAAGCAGGGCAAUCCAUGAAGGCAACACUAAGGUACUUAGCAGGCAUAGCAGGCCCUAGUGGUUUUGGCUCAAAUUCAACUGCUGAACAAGUCACUGAAGAUUGCUCUUCCUGUCUUCCUUCCAAUCUCACCGCUCUUAUCACUGGUGCCACUUCUGGUAUUGGAGCUGAAACAGCUAGGGUGUUAGCAAAGAGAGGAGUGAGAGUUGUGAUUGGUGCGAGGGACUUGAGAAAGGCUAGAGAAGUCAGAGAGAAAAUCCAAAAGGAGAGUCCAAACGUUGAGGUUAUUCUGUUGGAGAUUGAUCUUAGCUCUUUUGCUUCUGUACAGAGAUUUUGUUCAGAGUUUCUAGCUUUAGAACUGCCCCUUAAUAUUCUCAUAAACAAUGCAGGAACAUACUCUCAAAACCUGGAGUUCUCCGAAGUGAAAAUUGAAAUGACAUUUGCUACGAAUUACUUAGGACAUUUUUUGUUAACAAAAAUGCUACUAGAGAAAAUGAUAGAUACUGCAAAGAAGACAGGCAUUCAAGGAAGAAUCAUAAACGUUUCUUCUGUGAUCCAUAGCUGGGUGAAAAGAACUGAUUUUUGUUUCAAAAACAUGCUCAGCGGAGAAAAUUAUAAUGGCACACGCGCAUAUGCUCAGUCAAAGUUGGCCAAAAUUCUGCAUGUGAAGGAAAUGGCCAGACAGCUGAAGGCAAGGAAUGCAAGGGUAACUAUCAAUGCAGUGCAUCCAGGUAUUGUGAAGACGGGAAUUAUUAGAGCACAUAAGGGCUUAAUAACGGAUUCCCUGUUUUUCAUUGCAUCGAAGUUACUGAAAUCGGUAUCACAGGGUGCAUCAACGACGUGUUAUGUUGCUCUAAGCCGACAAACAGAAGGGGUGAGUGGGAAGUACUUUAUAGAUUGUAACGAGAAUAACUGCUCAAGUCUAGCAAAUGACGAAUCGGAAGCUAAAAAGCUAUGGAACGACACCCAUGCCUUGCUUCACAAACGACUACGUCAAGCAGCACAUUGAAGUCUUUCUUCCCCCUUUUACCUACUAAUCUACACUCCGUGUGUAUAUGUGUAUAUAUAUAUAUAUAUAUAUGUGAUUAUCUAUUUACAUUAAGUGGCAAGCAUUAA